AUGGAGUUAAUGGUGCCUACAAAGCAUACACAUGAGGGUUUUUGCUCAUUUCAUUGUAUUCAUAGGGAUAGCAAAAAGAAUCAUACUUUGAGGUCUAGAGCUAGGGUUAGGUUUUCUUCAAAUUUCAGUUCCGGGAAGGUCUUUGUAGGUCGCGAAGCUCGCUUCCCUGUUCUCUCUGUUGGUAAUGGUAUUGAGUGUAAAAAACAACGAGGGUCUCCGAAACAGAGGCGAAAUCGGGUAUUAGCUGUUUCAAAGAUUGAAAAUUUUAGCUCUAAUGGUCGAUUGUCAAGUAAUGAGAGAAACCCUCAAGGGCAGUUUAGUGGGGGUCUUCUAUCCUCGAGUGAAGUGCAUUCCUCGCAUAAUUUUGAAGAGUUUGAGAGUAAUAAACAUCUCCGUCGGUUGGUUAGAAAUGGAGAAUUGGAGGAAGGGUUUAAGUAUCUCGAAAACAUGGUUUAUCGCGGUGACAUUCCCGAUAUCAUUCCAUGUACUAGUUUAAUUCGGGGGUUUUGUCGGAUUGGUAAGACUAAGAAGGCAACUAGGGUUAUGGAGAUUCUUGAGGAAUCCGGGGCUGUUCCUGAUGUUAUAACUUACAAUGUGUUGAUUAGUGGGUAUUGUAAGUCGGGGGAGAUAGAUAAUGCUUUAAAGGUAUUGGACCGGAUGAGUGUUGCUCCGGAUGUUGUCACAUAUAAUACGAUCUUGCGAACAUUGUGUGAUGGUGGGAAAUUGAAGCAAGCAAUGAAAGUUCUCGAUCAGCAGUUGCUAAAAGAGUGCUAUCCUGAUGUGAUCACUUAUACAAUUUUGAUUGAAGCGACUUGUAAGGAAAGUGGGGUGGGGCAGGCAAUGAAGCUUUUGGAUGAGAUGAAUAGAAAGGGUUGCAAGCCUGAUGUAGUUACCUAUAAUGUCCUAAUCAAUGGGAUAUGCAAGGAAGGGAGGUUGGAUGAAGCAAUCAAAUUCUUGAAUAAUAUGCCGUCUUAUGGUUGCCAACCUAAUGUAAUUACCCAUAAUAUCAUUUUGCGUAGCAUGUGUAGCACAGGGAGGUGGAUGGAUGCUGAGAAACUUUUAGUGGAGAUGCUUCGAAAAGGCUGUUCUCCCAGUGUCGUUACCUUUAACAUCUUGAUAAAUUUCUUGUGUCGGAAGGGGUUAUUGGGCCGAGCCAUUGAUAUUUUGGAGAAAAUGCCGAAGCAUGGUUGUACUCCAAAUUCCCUGAGUUACAAUCCACUGCUUCAUGGAUUUUGCAAAGAAAAGAAGAUGGACAGGGCAAUUGAGUAUUUGGAGAUAAUGGUCUCCAGAGGGUGCUACCCUGACAUUGUGACCUAUAAUACUUUGCUCACAGCUUUAUGCAAAGAUGGAAAAGUUGAUGUAGCAGUUGAGAUCCUUAACCAGCUUAGUAAUAAAAAUUGCUCUCCUGUUUUGAUCACUUACAAUACAGUGAUUGAUGGUCUUUCAAAGGUGGGAAAAACAGAAUGUGCUCUAAAGCUGUUGGAUGAGAUGCGAGGAAAGGGUCUCCAACCCGAUAUAAUUACCUACUCUUCGGUUGUGGGAGGGCUUAGUAGAGAAGGAAAGGUAGACGAAGCUAUCAAGUUCUUCAAUCAGUUAGAAGGAUUGGGUGUGAGGCCCAAUGCCGUCACCUACAAUUCUGUCAUGUUGGGGCUUUGCAAAGCUCGCCAGACGGAUCGUGCCAUUGACUUCUUGGCUCAUAUGGUAUCAAAGGGAUGUAAACCUACUGAAACUACAUAUACAAUUCUGAUUGAAGGCCUAUCUUAUGAAGGUUUAGCCAAUGAGGCUUUGGAUUUACUGAAUGAGUUAUGCUCCCGAGGAGUCGUGAAGAAAAGUUCUGCUGAAAAGGUGGUGGUCAAGAUGUAG